UUUCCGAUUACGAUUUUGCGUAUUUGUUAUCGAUUUGUGGGAAGGAAUAAAUAAAUUUGUUGAUCGGCUGAAAUUCCAGGACUAAAUAAUGUCUCUUAAUACAGCUCAUGCAGAUCAUGGUGUGCUUAUACAUGCUGGAGAGGUCAUUAUUUUAUUUUCUGAUAAUGUAGUUGUUGAGUUUUAUGGAAAUGAAACACAGGAGUUUAAAGGUACAAAAAAUGGUCGAAUGUAUCUCACAACUCAUCGAAUGAUAUAUAAUUCAAAGAACAAUGCAGACACUUUGAGAUCAUUUAGCUUUCCCUUCAUAGCUUUACAGGAUGUGACAGUGGAACAGCCAAUGUUUGCAGCAAAUUAUAUUAAAGGCAAGGUGCGAGCUCAAGCAAAUGGAAACUUUGUUGGGGAAGUUAAAUUCAAGCUGACUUUCAAAUCUGGGGGAGCGAUAGAGUUUGGUCAGGCUAUGCUUAAAGCUGCACAUCUUGCUUCGCGUCAUAUGUCAGCGAACGCUCCGCCGCCGCCGUACACGCCGCCGACCGGCCCGUGGUACGCCGCGCCGCCGCCCGCCUACGCACCCCCGCCGCAAGGGUAUUACGGAUGGGUGCCUCCAUAUACUGCAUUUCCCGAUCAACCAUCUCCCAACUCCGUGUUUGUAUCAAACAGCCCCCCUCCUUAUCCCGGCGUGAUGGGUGUGACUUACCCGCCUGGCGGUGGCUUCUCCGGAGGUCCUGGACCCACAGGUGCGCAAGCUCAUGGCUACCCAGGGUACCCUGGUAACCAGGCCAAUGGGAACGUGCCUCCGCCGGGGUACCCGGGUAACUCUAACUUGCCGCCCCCUGGCUACCCCGGCGGCUUCGCCCCUGGAGCGCCUCCUAUGUCGUCAAAUGAUGCUAAAGCCGCGGAAGCUGCUCAGAGCGCUUACUAUGAUCCCAAUAGGCCUCAAACCGCUUAUGUACCACCACCAUACGAUCAACCGCCGACCUACCAGGAAUCUACGUCCAAGAAAGAAAACUAAUGCAUUGUCCACACUAUCACAUAAACACCGCUUCUCAUCAUCCAUCUUAAUGCUAAUUUAAUUCAAGAAUACUAUGUCAGCUGAUAAUUUUAACAAUCUUACACUGCAAUAUAUAACAUAUUUGGUUUGAAUGUCUUAAGAAUUUUGUUUGUCUAAUUAUUUUUCUAACUAUAGAAUUUAUAAAUGUUGUGGGACAAUGUACUACAUUAUAUUUCUUGAAAUUAUUAGUGUGCUAUCAUUAGUACAAUAUGUAGUUUACAAUAAAGGCAUUUAUUCCAUGUUCUUUUGAGUAUCUACUCAUAGUUUCAGUAUAAAAAUAACACACUAGAUGAUUUUAGAAUUUAAACUAUUGUGAGUGUUGCAAGAACCAGCUCAUGACUAAGGGCCCCGUAUGGGUUCGAAACUAGUCGGGCAUACUCCGACGUUGUAUCAAGUGAGUUUUAGCCGUGUUUCAUAAUCAAUUAAUUCGAGAUUAUUUUGAAAAUAAAUUAAUGCUGUUUUAAAAAAAAAUAUUACUGUGAAUGAUUUUUUAAUUCGAUUUUGAAUAAUAAUCGAAGUUGCAUAAACUACUCUGGACUCUGUUGCAAGAAUGGUGCUUUUGAUGUGUUUUUACUACAAAUUGAUGCACAGUUUGUAAGUGGAUUACGCUUUGCUUAAAACCACUUUGUAUAAUGGCUCUAUAAUGGUUCUAUAAUUAAAAUUAAAGCUGUUAAUGUCAAUGCAAUUAUAUUUCUAUUUAUAGCAUUCCAUUGUAUCCCCUAUCAGUGAUCCCUAGAACAUUUUGUAUGACUUAUACAAAAUGUUAUAACCUCGUUAUUGAUACAAGUUGGAAGGAGGGUAGAGUAACAAAAGUUGUUACUGACCAGAUGUUUUUUUACUGUUGAUAAAUUGAUAGUUAUACAACUUAACAGACACAAUCCUAUAAAUUGCGUGGUACAUUAUCUCGUUCCGACGCUCUGAAAUUUUCAUUUCCCGGUAACUCAGUUAGCUAUCAGAAUCAAGAAUUUUCGUAAAUAAGAAGUUGAUCGUCUCAUCAUCAUUACUUACGAAAAAUUAGCUAGUUAGUAAUCAGGUAUGCAAAAUGUUCUAGUGAUCCCUGACUAUAAAUAAUAUGGCUUUUGAAGGAAGUAAAGCUUAUCAGUAUUAUAUUAAAUUACAUUAAAGCAUUGUAUGCUGUUAUAAAAUUGUAGAAGGGGUGAACAGAUAAUAUAUUUUUAAAAAUUAUUGUGUAUUAUUAGUAAUUAAAAUUAAAAUGUUAUAACAAAUUGGAGACAGUUAUAUCCAUGUGUUAAAAUAAUCUAUAUAUGUGAGAAGAAUAUAACUCACAUUUUGGUGUUUGUAUAAAUGUAUUAUAAUUAAAUCAUGUCUGCUAUCACGAAAAGAUGGUGCCCAGAUACUAGUUUUUAACCGACUUCCAAAAAGGAGGAGGUUCUACGUUCGGCUGUAUGUUUUAUCUUACUAUGUAUAAGAAAUGGCUGUUGAUUCGAUAUCAUGUAUAAUCCAAUUAUUGUUAAUGUUAUUUUUUUUUAAUGUUUAUCAAGAAAAUAAAUUAUUUGUCUAACAAUGAGUAAUGUCUGAAGCAUUAAUGUUUUGAAUUGUAAAACUUAUUUACACAUUAUAUAGUUUAGUUUAAUAUAUUACAUUUACAUUA